AUGCGGGCCCUUCUCUGUGUCCCAGGCCUCCUAGCUUCCCUGACCUGGCUCCACGCUGCAGCAUCUGCCACAAGUGCACAGGCCACCAGGACUGCUACCAUAUCUUACGUUGUGAGUCAGGUCAAGGUCCAAGUCAACAAGGCCUUCCUGGAUUCCCGGAUCAGGCUGAAGACUUCCAUGAGCAAUAAGGCAGCCACCACCCAACAGCUCUCAGAGUACCUCAAGCACGCCAAGGGCCGGACGCGCACAGCCAUCCGCCACGGGCAGGUGUGGGAGGAGUCCUUAAAGAGACUGAGGCCGAAGGCGACCUCAACCAAUGUCACAGACCCGGGCCUGGACUUGACUGCACUCUCCUGGGAGGUGGGCUGUGGGGCCCCUGUUCCUGAAGUGAUAUGCGACGACAGCCCCUACCGCACCCUUACAGGAGACUGCAAUAACAGGAGGAACCCCGCGCUGGGCGCUGCCAACAGGGCGCUGGCGCGCUGGUUGCCGGCGGAGUACGAGGACGGGCUCUCCCUGCCCUUCGGGUGGACGCCGGGGAAGACCCGGAACGGCUUCCGGAUCCCGCUGGCCCGUGAGGUAUCCAACCAGAUUGCCAGCUACCUGAAUGAGGAGGAUGUUCUGGACCAAAACACGUCCCUGCUCUUCAUGCAGUGGGGUCAAAUUGUGGACCACGACCUGGAUUUUGCCCCCGACACUGAGCUGGGGAGCAGCGAGUACUCCAAAGCGCAAUGUGACAAGUACUGUCUGCAGGGAGACAACUGCUUCCCCAUCGUGCUCCCGCACGAUGACCCCAAGGUGAGGACUCAAGGGAAGUGCAUGCCUUUCUUCCGAGCGGGGUUUGUCUGCCCGACUCCGCCUUACCAGACCCUGGCCCGAGAGCAGAUCAACGCUCUGACCUCCUUCCUGGACGCCAGCUUCGUGUAUGGCCCCGAGCCCAGCCUGGCCAGCCGCCUCCGCAACCUCAGCAGCCCCCUGGGCCUCAUGGCUGUCAACCAGGAGGUCUGGGACCACGGGCUGGCCUACUUGCCCUUUGACAACAAGAAGCCAAGCCCCUGUGAGUUCAUCAACACCACUGCCCGCGUGCCCUGCUUCCUGACAGGAGAUUCCCGAGCCUCGGAGCAUGUCCUGCUGGCUACGUCCCACACCCUCUUUCUCAGAGAGCACAACCGGCUGGCCAGGGAGCUGAAGAGACUCAAUCCUCAUUGGGAUGGAGAGAAGCUCUACCAGGAAGCCCGGAAAAUCCUGGGGGCCUUCGUGCAGAUCAUCACUUUCAGGGAUUACCUACCCAUUGUGCUGGGUGUGGAGAUGGAGAAGUGGAUCCCUCCUUACAGAGGCUACAAUCCAUCUGUGGACCCCCGAAUUUCCAAUGUCUUCACCUUUGCUUUCCGCUUCGGCCACUUGGAGGUUCCCUCCACCGUGUCCCGCCUGGAUGAGGACUAUCAGCCCUGGGGCCCAGAGCCGGAGCUCCCCUUGCACACCCUCUUCUUCAACAGCUGGAGGGUGGUCCAAGAUGGUGGAAUUGACCCUCUGGUACGGGGCCUACUGGCCAAGAAGUCCAAGUUGACGAAGCAGGAUAAAAUGAUGACGGGAGAGCUGCGCAACAAGCUUUUCCAGCCCACUCACAAGAUCCAUGGCUUCGACCUGGCUGCCAUUAACAUACAGCGUGGCCGGGACCACGGGAUGCCUGGGUAUAACUCCUGGAGAGGCUUCUGCGGCCUCUGGCAGCCCCAGACACUGGCAGAGCUGGGUGCUGUGCUGAAGAACAAAAUGCUGGCUAAGAAGUUACUGGAUCUCUAUGGGACCCCUAGCAACAUUGACAUCUGGAUUGGGGGCAUUGCUGAGCCCCUGAUAGAAAUGGGCCGGGUGGGGUCUCUCCUGGCCUGCCUGCUGGGGAAACAGUUCCAGCAGAUUCGAGAUGGAGAUAGGUUCUGGUGGGAGAACCCUGGGGUCUUCACGGAGAAGCAGCGGGACUCUCUACAGAAAAUGUCCUUCUCACGCCUUGUCUGCGACAACACCCACAUCACCAAAGUCCCGCCCAACCCAUUCCAGGCCAACAGCUACCCCCACGACUUUGUGGAUUGCUCAGCCAUUGAGAAGCUGGACCUCUCACCCUGGGCCUCAGUGGGAAAUUAG